UCAAUGGAAAAGUUAUUUGAAAUCGAUGUCAAAUUCAAAAUUGUUGGGAUACAAGCCCGAGGCAGUAUUAUGAGAGUGACAUGCAAAUCAAUUCUACGGAAAUGGACGAAUCAACGUGGCAGCAAUUGGCGAGUAGCGAAAGAACGUCUCCAUGCCCUCAAGUUUUAUAUGCUACUAAUUACAGCCGAUUGCCUGAAUUGGCCUAGAAGCCUCAUAGAGGCAAGCAGCGAUGCGGGCAACCGCCAAGAGGAGCCACUGCCAAGGAGGAGGGGCAAGAGGGCGAACAUGCUUUUACAGAAUUGGAAAAGCUUGCUAUCGCUGAGUGCAGAGGCUAGUCACGACUCAAGCCAUUUCCGUUUCCGGUCUCUGACAAUACGGGACUACGAGAAUCAGCUGCGAUCGCACUCGACGCACAAGAAGAUAUUUUGCUACUUUGCCACAAUCAAGGUGAGGAGUGACGCCGGCAAAUGGAUUGUCUAUAUGACGCCCAAGGACUUUGUGCGCUCGAUGUCGCCCAGCUGGAUGCAGCCGGAAGGCUUGGGCCUCAACAACUUCUUCAAAAUGCAUAAGGACUCUAUGCAGAAGCUCGUUAUCCGGGGCGUAUCCAGGGACAGCAUAUUCUACAAGCUGCGGCCCGAUGGCAUGCUCACGUACUCGGACUUCCUGUACCUGCUGCAGCUGGUGGUGCUGUCCGAACGGUAUUUCGAGAUGGGCUUCGAGUUGCUCGACAGCGAGGGCAAGCAGAUGCUCGACAAGAACGAUAUGAGCCUCCUGCUGUUUGGCGCUUCGGACGGCCGCAUGAAGAUCAAAACUUCUGCGAAGCGUUAUUUGUUCGGUCCCGAUCUCGACCAGAAGCUGAGCCUGGACAGCCUUCUCAGGUUCAAGCGGCAGCUGUUCCACGACAUCAUUCAGAUCGAGUUCAAUACGCUGAAACGGAAGCCGAGGAAAACGCAAGGCGAAAUGACAGAUGAAUCGGCGAGCAGGAUAAGCGAGAUGCGCUUCGCCAACUUGUUGCUCGCAUACGCCAGGAUUCCCGGACAUCGGAAGAAGGAGAUACUGCAGCGCACCUAUGCGAGGUACAAGGACAACCGGCGUGGGGUCACGCUCGAGGAGUUCAUGUCCUUCUUCAAGUUCAUUCAGCACCUGCCGGUCAUUCAGACGGCACUCAGCUACCACAUCCUAGCCGGCGCGGGCGUCUCCCGCAGGACAUUCAAGCACAUUUCGGAUGUCAUCGUGGGAGUGCCUCUCUCCGCGCACAUCAUCGAUAUCAUUUUCACCGUGUUCGUCGAUGAGCUGACCGGCUUCUUGAACUGCACCGACUUCAUCGAUAUGGCGCGACAGCGCAUCUCCCGCUGCACAAGGAAGUCCUUUAAGCUGGCGCGAGUGUUCAAGCAUAUCUACAGGUGUGCAGAGAAAACGUUAUUCAGGUACUCCCAGUCCUAGAAAUACCGUUGAUGCAAGCCGAAAUGCAAUUUGCGCUCAAAACUCUCAAAGCCGAGGCAGCCGCAGACAAUGUAAAGUGCGCUCUCUUUCUCUCCCUUUCUCUCCCUUUCUCUCCCUUUCUCUGUCUGUCUCUCUGAUUCGAUGCACUUUGCGAGCUGUUCACUUAACUCCUUUGAGUACAAACGCUUUUAGCUGAAAGAAAUCUCAGCUGAAAGCCACUAACCGCAAUGGAAGGAGACUUAGCCACGCCUCCUACCUACUCCCACAUACAUGUUUCCAUUUAAGACAGAGGAGAAUGUAAUUUGCUUUGCUUUCAGCGCUGCAAACCAAAGCAAACUUUUCCAAAUCUUGCAAAUUCACGUUGUCUCAGCACUUGAAAUUAUAUGAGUAUGUCGGAAACAAUAUUUGUAUAUACAAUAUGUUCGGUUCUAUUAGAGACAUAAGCAAAGCCAAUCAGUCUUAAUAUGCCAUAUAUAUUACUUAAUGAAAAUUUCUUGAUUCUGUGUUUAAGUGCAAAGCAGCAAAGUCGAGAAAAUAUAGUGAGAUGGGA